CACGAUAACGUACCAACAGUAUACUUACCUACUUAGCUCUGUUAUUAAAUAAGAAGGAUGGCUCUACAAUGUUUAAAGAGCAUCUAGGCACAGCUGAAGUAGGACAUCGUUAAUGUUUUGUUUUGGAAUAUACCCAUAUUGUUAUUUUUUUAAAUAUAUUUUGUACUUAAAUAUACAUAGGGCUUUAGAGUGUUACAAUAAUGAAUAAAUUAGUUCAUUUAUUUAUUUUGUUCGUGUUAAGUGUGGUAGUUAAAUCAAAGGUGAUAAACAAUGAUCGAUUUUAUUAUUUUGCUUACGGAAGCAACUUAUUAGCGCGAAGACUGCACAUUCAAAACCCAAGUGCUUUUUUCAUCAGCCCUGCUAAGUUAAAGGAUCACAGGCUGGACUUCAACAUGUACACGAAGACGUGGCGCGGCGCCGCGGCCACCAUCGUGCCGGACCACGGCAGCGUCGUGUGGGGCGCGUUGUGGACCAUAGAGUCCUCCUUCCUCAAGCAUCUCGACGAUCAAGAAGGGGUCGAUUCUGGAUGGUAUUUCCCCAAGUUCGUGAACGUGACGGUGCCGGGCGGCGCGGUGGUGGAGGCGCGCACCUACCAGGAGACCGUCAACCCGCCCAAGGUGGACCCUGAGAAUAUACCCCUCGAGCGACGACCCUCCAACACUUACAUGCAGGUGAUAAUAGACGGUGCGAUCCAGUGUGGGCUGCCGCCGCACUACAUCCAGUACCUUUAUACCUUCCCCACCAACGGCAGGGUGGCAGCCCGGAAGAUGCUGGAACAACUCGGCUACCUGCAUUAUGCGGAAAACGCGGAAAACAACUACACCCAUUUAUAAUAGUUAAUGGAAGAAUAGGUUUCUGUGAUAUUAUGUAAAUAGUUAGUAUGUUUUUAGGAUAAUUUAUUUAUAUUUCUUGUUAACUGUAUUAUUUAAUUUCUUAUUUAUAGUUAGUAAGUAAUUUGCUAAAAAUAUAUUGUUAGUUAUGUGGUGAAUUUAGGCGUUUAUAAAGGUUACCAUGUAACGCUGCCAUUAAUAGCUAAACGAAUUAGCCACUGCGGUACCUAAUAGUAGGUAGGUAAGUACUUAAUAAAUCCUACAUUCUUAU